CUCUCAGCCCGCAACGCGCAGCUAUCGGCCGAACUCGCCCGCAUCCGCUCAAUCAACACAACCAUCGAAUCCGUCACCUCCUCCCUCCAGAUCGCCAAAUCCAACAUGUCAACCAUCCACACCACCGUGUCCAACGCCUCCACCUUACUCGCGACCUGGACCCGCAUCCUCUCGCAAACAGAACAUAAUCAACGACUCGUUCUCAACCCGGCAUGGCAAGGCGCGACGAGGGAUCUGGAAGAUGCGGAGAAUGAGGGGUUGAGGAGACAGGUUGAAGCGGAGAGGAGGGUGUUGGAGGAGGAGAGGAGGAAGGUGGAAGAGGACAGGAGGAGGGAGGAGGAGGAGAGGAGGAAGGUUGUGGCGCAGGAGGUGAGGGGUGGGGUGGGGAGG